AUUACUUAAUUUGACCCUGCUGUUGCCACUUGAAGUGUAAUCCGCGACUAAACUGUUUUCGCACUGAACGACGCAGACUACAAACGUGAUGAAUUUCAGGAGGAAUAUUCUGCUUUUCUGGUUUGCUGCGCUUACUUCAGAAGCUAGGGAACGAAAGGAAUGUUCGUCGCCGCCGGAAUAUCAACACGCCAUACUAGUAAAAACAUUUUCCAGCAAGCAGAAGUUCCACCAUGGGGAGAAGGUUUAUUACAACUGCCAUGGGGACUUCACUCCAUCCAGUGGCAGCCGAAGUGUGGAGUGUGAUAGAGGACAAUGGACCAAACUGAGUCUGAAAUGUGAAAAGAAAUCAUGUGGCUAUGCUGGGGAUCUGCCAAAUGGUCAGCUGCACUAUGAAGGGAAUUCAUACCUUGGGGAGAAGGUUUAUGCUGAAUGCAACAAGGGAUACACCCUGAAAGGACCAAACUAUAUGAUAUGCAAGAAGUCUGGAUGGACUAGUGAAUUCCCAUCUUGUGAAG